CUUAUAGGUUGAGAGAAACAAAACGUUCUCCCACGAAGAAAUGACUUCUUCUUCUCAUUGUUUCUUGAUCGUUUCAGUGGCACUUCUAUUGCAAGUUCUCUUAUCCCCUGUUUCGGCCUUAACCUUAACCUCCACAAAAUACAUUAAUAAAUUAUGCCAGAUGUCAUUUGUCGACAAUAAACCCUUCUGUUUGCAAACAUUGAGUGCCUAUCCUCCUGCGGCUUCUGCCACUGGCUUGCUCCCACUUGCGUCAGCCGUGAUCCGCGGCAUUGUCCUACCCCAAGCCAAGAAGUCUGCGAGUUUUGCAAAUGGAGCAGCGAAAAAGGAGCCGAGCUUGAAGACACAGUUCCAGACGUGCCAAGAGGCCUUUGUAAGUAUUGGAGAUUCUCUCAUGAGCGCUUUUGAAGAACUCAAGCGCGAUCCACAUAUCGCAACCUAUGAUGUUAUGACUUGUACCGACCAUACAACCCAAGUGAAGAAUUUGGUCGGAAAAAACACAGAUGUGGCUUCGAAGACUCUCAUAGAGAUGACAAUGCAAAUGGAGAAGCUCAUUCCUCUUGCUCUUGCAUCCACACAAGUUCUUGGCGGGUGAAAACGAAAGUGAUAACAUAUAUCAUCGUGCUUAUCUUAAUAUAUGAUUUAAA